UGAUGAGCUAUGAAAAAAUUAAGAGUUGUACUUUGUAUUAGGAUUGUUCUGUAUGUUUAAUUUAUUAUAUAUUGUAUUUAGCACCUUUGAAAAACUUAACAGACACAAAAGCAAUGUACUCAAGUAAAGAUGAUAUCAACAAGUCUUUCAAAAUGUUUGCAAAUCAAUAGAUAACAAUAGUUUACCCUGUUUAAUAGUUCCAUUAAAAUGAUUUUUUUACUGUUACAAUUUCAUAUAAUUUACUAAGACAUAAUUAUAACGACCAGCUUAAAUCACUGAGAGUAACGGUUAAUACAAAUAAACACACAGACGAAACGCAAUUUUCAAUGGCGAGAGUUAAUCUUUUGCAAAAGUUCUAUAACAGGAAAGGUUUACUUCAUCGCUGUGAUAUAAAUAGUUGUGAUCUCAUUGAAAUUUUCAUAAAUUUCUGCGCGACAGGAUAACGACAAAAUGUUUCAAAAUAAACAUGUGUCAGUAUUGCAAUUAAUCAAAAUCUAGACACAAGACAAAUCUGAGUCUGGUUGUUUUAACAUAGAGCUCUUUAUCAUGCAAUGGAUUUGUGUGUUUUCUGUUUGUCACGUUUAAUGUCUGAUAUAAUCUUAAUCACAACCCCUUCUUUACGAUUAAAUAUAUCCUGUUGUGUUGGCGAAAUCUGUCAUUUAAUUGAGAAUACAUUGUGGAAAAACAUUUUUAAAAUCACAACAUUUCAAAAAGUCCAAAUAAUAGUAUUAAGUUUUAUUUAAAAAAAAAACAGUUACGCUAAUCUAAAAAUAUAUCGGUUUCAUAGUACAAUACCACCUUUACAAAACUUUUUUGACAAGUUUUGAAAUAUAAACGAACAAUUGUAUUACUUAAAAGUUAACGCCCGAGCGAUUAUUUGUACAGCUUUAACUAAGUUGAUCUUAAAGUAUCCAUAUGACAUUAGUAAUCGGAAGUUAGAGCAACUGCAUUUUCCAAAAGUCACGAAAACUUUCUGAAAAAGUAAAAAUAUAAACAUGAUGAAUAGAUUACAAAUGUAUAUAAAGGACAGGUAAACCUUGUUAUCAAUGAUUAUUUAAACAGGUUGCAUCCGCAAGUAUUCUCGAUUAAACUAGUUGGAUAAUACUAUCAAUCAUUCGCUUUAUGGUUGCAUCCGCAAGUAUUCUCGAUUAAACUAGUUGGAUAAUACUAUCAAUCAUUCGCUUUAUGGUUGCAUCCGCAAGUAUUCUCGAUUAAACUAGUUGGAUAAUACUAUCAAUCAUUCGCUUUAUGGUUGCAUCCGCAAGUAUUCUCGAUUAAACUAGUUGGAUAAUACUAUCAAUCAUUCGCUUUAUGUUGAAAUUAUCGGAAUGGCAACCAAUCAACCACAGAACUUGUCAGAAUGGCAGCUACAUCGUGUUCUACAGAAGGUUAACCUUCUUCAGUAUUAUGACAACUUUAUCAGAGAAGGUGAAUGUGAUGUACUCACGCUAUCAAAUGCAGAAGAUAAGACAUUUAAAAACGUAAUGGAAAAGGUUGGAAUGGCCAAGAAACCGCUGCAUGUUCGUAGAUUCAGAAACACGCUUAUUCAAUGGGUUGACGAUCCAGGAAAAAAUGAUCAUGUGCCUAGCUACAUAAAGAAAGGUUGUGAUGAUAUACUGUCUCACAGUGAGAAAAAGCCACAGGAAUCCCAGAAUAUUCCAACAGGAACAAGUACAGUAUCAACUUCAAGAUUGGGAAGAAUUGCUAACACCAUUGGAUUUUUGGAAUCCCAGAAUAUUCCAGCAGGUACACGUACAGUAUUAACUUCAAGUGGAGAAAGGAGUGCUAGCACUGUUGGAAAUUUGGAACAAGAAAAUAAUGAGUCAACACAGUCAAGAAAUAGUGGUAGGACUACAGAAACACCCCAGGAAAUUUUUGAAACUUUCAGAAGAUUUCAACCAAAUAGUGGAAGGAUUAAUGAUCAGGUCGCUGUAGGAUAUCGGACUGGUGACUCACAAAUAAUGCCAUCAAGAAAAUCAGCAUCACUCAGGUCAGAGCAAUUGGAAACCCUUAGUUCAGUACUGUCUUCACAUUCAACAGCCAGUUCUCAUAAAGAUAUUAUGGAUAUAACAAGAGAACUACAUGGAAAUGAUACCAAUACUAAUACAUUGAAUGACUUUUUACCAGAGAUAGAACCAUUUGGGGAUGUUGGACAAAAUUAUUAUGUUGAUGCAUUGAAAGAUGUGUUGAAACACUAUCGUAAAUUGACCAUAAAGCCAAUUUCGGAGGAAGAUGCGUUGCUGAUGGAGGUGCGAAGGGGUAAUGUGCUGUUAGAUGCCAUUGCAAUGAUAAGAAUCUCAGAAGAUGAUCUGCAUAACCCUUUGAGUAUAAAGUUUAGUGACGAAGAAGGUGAAGACUGCGGUGGGCUAAGAAGAGAAUUUUGGAGUCUCCUUUUGUAUAACAUUACACACUCAUGUUAUGUAACAGGAAAACCUGGUAGACAAACCUUUCAAAAAAAUUUCAUAGAAAGAAAAAAGAACACUUUUCUUCACCUUGGUCAGUUGAUUGCUUUAUCAAUCCUUCAAGAUGGUCCUGGUCUACCAAUCUUUUCCGAUAUUGUCACAGAUUACAUAAUGACUGGAAAGACGAGUGUGUUAAAUAUUGAUGAUCUCCCUGAUGGACUUAAAGACACACUGGAGAAGAUGCAGAAUUGUGAAUCUGAUAAGGAGGCAAGAGAAAUAUAUUCAUCUGUUAUAGAUAUUGCUGUUGAUGCUUGUUUCAUAGUGCCGCUAACAUCCUUCACAAAGUGUCAUGUGAAACAACUUAAAGCUGCUUUUAUUGAAAACCAAAUUUCAAGCUGCAGGGAUGAGCUUGACCAGUUCAUUAAAGGUUUAGAUACACAUCGAGUCCUGAGCCUGCUACGUCAGACAGAAAACAUGGCAUCAGCAAGAUGCUUAUUCAGUGGUAGAGUGAAACCUUUAACUGUUAGUCAAUUGAGGGAACUGAUAAGAUUUAAAUAUAAAGAGGGCAAUGCUAAAUUUGCCCAGAUGGCCACUGCACAAGGAUUCCUGACAUUCCUUCAGGCCACUAAGGGAACUGCAACUAUCAUCAAUGGGAUAAAUUUACAACCGAAGGACGUUCUGAUGUGGUUGACUGGAUCUACUAUUGUGCCAGCCAUAGGAUUCCAUAAACCUAUCGAUGUAGAUUUUUCUCGUACAAAAACUUUUGUAAAUACAUGUGCCCUGGUCCUAACAUUGAAGACACAACCUGAUCUAUCCUCAGGAGAUGCUGUGUCAUAUUAUACUGAACUCAUUAUCAACAGUCAAACUUUUACAAAACAAUAAUAAAAAGAAAUCAUGUUGCAUGUACAUUAUGCAAAAUUGACUAUUGAUGUAGUUUAUCAGAUCAAGAUUAUAAGCGCUAAUUCUAAAGUACCAUUUUCAACCCUGAAAUUUAUCUUCCGCUUCAUAUAUUUUGUCACAAGACAUGAGAAACAAUUCAGACUGAAAUGAAGAUUUCCAGGAAUGAUACUGACUCAAUGCAAAACCGGGAUAGGUGGUACGGUGACAGGUAUUUCAACUAAAUAGUAAAAUGCUAGUAGAGAUUUUGAAAUUUCAUACACUAUACAUUUGUAGAUUUCCAGAAGUAAACCGUAUUAGACGAGUAUUUUCUUCAAAAUUCUAUUUUACAAACUAACUUUUACUGAAUUUUUCCUGAAGUUCUGGUCUUGAAACCUGUAUCAUCGAAAAAUUCUAAAUUUUUAUCUUAAAGCAUUCUCGUGUUUCGUUUCUUUUAUUGACCGCUACCUACCCCGAAAACAUUCCAAACAUUGCUAACAAGACACCAAAAUGAAUAUUGAAAACGUUGAAAACGUCAUCGAUUGGAGUAUCGCUGACAUUGACACCUUGCUACUUUGCAACACGCUUCCCGGUAAUUAAUAUAACUUAUCAACUGAACGGCAAACGAUUUAAUGGCUUCGAAGGUCAAGACAUUGGUCACGUGACAAAAGGUCAGAGUUUACGGUUUUUUUGUAAACGUGCAUGCCUCGUGGUUUUUUACAGUGUUCAAACAUUGAGUGUAUAAGCUUUAUUAUUCUGUAUAUUUAUUGCUAAAAAGUGUUGUUUAAGUAUUCUAAAAUGACGCGUGGAGUGAAACUUUUUUUCUGAAAAUAUGCGAAGUCCACGGAAAAUCCCAAUUCAUUCAUUAAAUAGGUAUGGUAACAUGUGCAGGGGAAUAAAAUACGAAGUAAAACGAUUUUUUUUUUUUGGGGGGGGGGGGGGGGGGUAUUUUAGUUAUAAUUGACUCCAAAUAUAUCGGACACGCAAUUGUGUCAGCUUAUUGGUGGCGAAGUUGAGAUCAAAGGGAGAUAACUCCGUACACGCAACGUAGGAAAUUGCAAGUUCACAACAGCAAAUUCGAGUAAAAGUGAUGAUUGCAAUUAUAUUUCGGCACUUUUUUUAAAUUACUAUUCCAAACUUCAUGUUCCUUCACAUUUGUAACUGAACAAUAUUCAUGGAAUGGUUGAAUAUGGCAUGUUUUCAUGUAAAAACAGGUUUUUGGAACUUCUCAUUAUAAGAAGAAAAUUAUUGAUAACUUACUUUCCUCUGUAAAUUACUCUCUCAAACACCAUUUUGAUUGAUGGAAUGAUACAAGUCUUUGUUUCGCUUUCUUAGUAUAAAUAUUCUUAGAAAGAAUAGGAAAAUAAACUCUGUGUUUGUACAUGUACCUUGUUUAAACAUUUUUUUUUAUAUUUAUUUUACUUUAAAUUAAGACUUCAAUUAAAUAAAUUUAUAUAAAAAAAGUAUCUUAAAUAGAAAGUUUUUACUCUGGUGCACUAAAAACUUUGCAUUGGUAGUGAGAUUUAACAAAGUUAUUUAGAUUGAUGAACUUAAAGAUUCUUUGACUUUGUAUGCUGAGCAUUUAAAAAAAACAUGGUGGUAUAAUACUUUCUAGCACAGCAUCUAUUGUGAACAAUAUUUCUUUCCUAGAGACAUUUUAUUUUCAAGAUGUGAGGCUUGCCGAGCAAUCUACGUAUUACAAAUUUCGCUGUCAAGAAUGGAGAAAUAACGUAUUGAUAGAAAUUCUGUAUGUUAGCAAACUAGCUUUGUUUUUCAAUGAUAUACAAAGAAAUGUAUUGAUUCAGUACUUGCUAUGUGACAUCGUUGAUAGUCAGGGGAUAUUGGUAGCUCUUUUACUGAUGUAACAAUAGCAAAUUCAGAGGAAAGCUAGAACCUUUCAGCCGAUCCAGGAUUUUUGACAGAACAAAUAUCGUCGAUUUCAUGCAGAAAAAUUAAUAUUUUCUAAUCAAGGGUUGGGAUGGGGGUCGUAUGCCCUCAAUGACCCCUUAAUCCAUCACUACAUUUGAAUUGCUCAUUGCAUUUUAACCAAUAAAAAAGUGAUAUCAAACGCAAAAUGUUGAUUAUAAAAAAAAUGAUCAGGGUCAGAGAAAGUAUUCAACCUAGAAACAC